GGAAGAAUUGGUACAACUGGGCACCUAGAUACCUCAUGAGUUGUAAGGACAUUGGUUCUUCUUGUCAGAACCAGUAUGGGAUAGUGGCCAGAGUGUUGGAGAGGCCUUGGUUCAAAUCCAUUUAGUUCAGAAGUUAACAGAGUGACCUUGGGCAAGUUUCUUUCUCAUAUCAUAACCUACCUAACAGGGUUUGAUGAGGAUAAAAUGGGAUUGACCAUUUGCAAGACUGAGACCCUGGGAAGAAAGCACCGAGGAUGUUUGUGUUACUCUAUGUCACAAGUUUUGCUGUCUAUACAAGUGGACAACCUCUUCAUAGCCAGUUUAAAGGAGGAAAUUAUUCUACAAGAUACAUUUGUAGCAUACCUGGAUUGCCAGGUCCUGCAGGACCACCUGGAGCUAAUGGAUCACCUGGACCUCACGGGCGUAUUGGUAUCCCAGGACGAGAUGGCAGAGAUGGCAGGAAGGGAGAAAAGGGCGAAAAGGGAAAUGCAGGUUUAAGAGGAAAGACUGGUCCUGUAGGUGAAGCUGGAGAUAAAGGAGACCAAGGAGAAACUGGCAAAAAAGGACCUACAGGAUUGGGAGGUGCUAAGGGUGAUGUGGGUUCUGUCGGGCCAGCAGGCCCAAAAGGAGAUAAAGGAGAAAGAGGGAAACCUGGCUUACCAGGAAUUUGUAAGUGUGGGAAAAUAGUACUGAAAUCUGCUUUUUCUGUUGGGAUCACUACAAGCUACCCAGAGGAAAGACUGCCGAUCAUAUUCAAUAAAGUCCUCUUCAAUGAAGGAGGGCAUUAUAAUCCUUCAAAUGGGAAGUUCAUAUGUGCCAUUCCAGGAAUUUAUUACUUCUCCUACGACAUCACCUUGGCAAAUAAACAUCUUGCAAUUGGCCUAGUUCAUAAUGGGAAGUUCCGAAUAAAGACGUUUGAUGCAAAUACUGGAAACCAUGAUGUAGCUUCUGGGUCAACAGUGAUUUAUCUUCAGCCAGAGGAUGAAGUAUGGCUUGAAAUCUUCUAUACUGAUCAGAAUGGCCUCUUUGCUGAUCCCACAUGGGCAGACAGUCUGUUUUCAGGAUUCCUCUUAUAUGUUGACACAGACUAUCUUGAUGCUUUGUCAGAUGAAGAUGACCUGUGAAACGGGAGAUGUCCAAGCAUCUCUAAAUGAACACAAAACAAUGAACUGGAUCGGAUUUUUGAUGGUAAUGUAAAACAUUGAUGGCUUGAUCUGGGCUUUGGGUUUUCCUGUUAAGGCACCCAAAGUAGACAUUUCCCCCCCACAGCAAUAGAUGAAAUCAUGAUCGCUUGUUUGAAGUUUUACCAAACAGCAGGUUCUGCCAACUCAAUGUAUAUAUUAGUACUUUCAAGAAAACAUGUUUAUAAUAUUUAAACAAAUUUAUGAUAUUGUACAUGCAGUUUUAAAUAAAAUAUAUUGAAUAAUAAUGUGGUUCUUAUAAGCAUGGACAUUAAAUUGCUGGAUAAGCAUUGCUUUGAAACUAAAUAUGAAUGAUCUCAUUGGAAAACACUUUUAUCAUUCAAGGGUGGCAAGUGUUAACAAAGACCAGACAAAGCAAAAUGCAGAAAUGGAAUUUAUUUAUACUACUGUUAUAUCUUUGAAAUAAUUGACUAAAGUCAAGGUUUUGGAGAAGUAUACAAACAGAUGUAUGUACACAAUGGUUUGCUUCCUUUUUUCUCCUGCACCUGUUUCAGCUGUUUCUAAAACCCAUAAGAGUUUCAAAAGUAGCUCUGUAGUGUAACAUAAGAGACUGCUGUUCAAGGAAAGAAUAUCCGUUGUGUGUGUACAAGCAACUGGGCUGAUCCACACCCAACCUACAAUUUGCAGGAAAGAGGACAGGACUAUUGAACUAAUUUAAGUCUGGUAUUCCCCACUCUGAAGAGCAGUGAACUGUGGCCAGUGUAUCUAAAAUCAGGGAGAUCGUGGAGUACCCUGAUGUC